GCGCCGCCGCCGCUCGGUGCUCUGCAGUCUCGCGGGGAUGGCGCGGCGUGUGCGUUGCUGAGGAGCCGAGGUUCCGAGGAGCCGGGCCGCGGGCGCCAUGGUCUUUCUCACUACGCGGCUCUGGCUGCGGAACCGCCUCACCGACCGCUACUGGCGCGUCCAGGAGGUGCUGAAGCACGCCCGGCACUUUCGGGGAAGGAAGAAUCGAUGCUACAGGUUGGCUGUCAGAGCUGUGGUUCGAGCCUUCGUGAAAUGCACCAAAGCUCGGAGACUAAAGAAGAGGAACUUGCGAGCCCUUUGGAUAAAUCGAAUUACAGCUGCUUCCCAGGAACAUGGCGUGAAGUACCCAGUGUUCAUUGGCAAUUUAGUUAAGUGUCAGGUGGAGCUCAACAGGAAAGUACUUGCAGAUCUAGCCAUCUAUGAACCAAAGACUUUUAAAUCCUUGGCUGCUUUGGCUAAAAGGAGGCGUGAGGAAGGAUUUGCUGCUGCUUUGGGGGACGGGAAGGAGCCGGAAGGCGUAUUUUCCCGCGUGGUGCACUACCACUGAUGGGGCUCCCUUUUGCUGCUGGGAGAUGUAACAUUUUUUUCCCUGAUGUAUAUAAUGACUAAAAUAGGAACAAAAUAAUUUUGUCA